AGUUCUCUCUGCCGGGUGCAGUUAAAAUACAACAAAUAAAAAUGACUCGGCAAAAUCUCAAAGCUAAAUAAUAUUUUUUAGAAGUAUAUUAACUUUAAAACAUAACAUUAUUACAAAUUACUAAAACUGAACAAUAACUGCAAGAUUUUUAGGCAUUUAUAUUUAAAAAAAGGCUUAUCAAUUAAAUCCAGAUCAGCUAUCUAAACAUCCAGAAAGAAAACAUCAAGCAGCUUAUUUUCUUUAAAGUCAUCAUCAGAAUAUCUUAAUUUAGUGAAAAUCUUCAAUGUCAAUCAAGCAACUCCUGAUUUAUCAUAUGAAGAAGCAUCUAAACUUCAACCCAAGAACAUAGAAGAAAUGUGGUCUAUUGUAAAGAAAACAUUAGAUAAGCAAGCCAUUAAUGUGGAACCUUUAAAAAACCGCAAAGGUUGGCGUACUAUUAGAAUAUUUGUAUCAAGCACUUUUAAAGAUUUUCAUCAUGAAAAAGAAGUUCUUGUCAAAGAGGUGUUUCCUGAUCUUCGGCUUUGGUGUGAACAAAGAAAACUUCAGCUUGUAGAAUGUGACUUAUGUUGGGGUGUUCCAAAAGAUUCUACAACAGAAGAAACUAUUAAAAUAUGUCUCAGUGAACUGGAUCGUUGUUAUGAAGAUAAUGUUUCACCUUUUUUUCUAAUUUUAGCAGGGUAAGUAUUUUUAUG